AUGGCAUCAAACCCUAAGGCCUCUUUCCCAAAGGAGUGGGGAAAGCGAGUUUGUGGUCCCUCCGACCUCCCGCCAACCCACGUCCCGUCGUCGAAACCGUCACUCACCACCCAAGUCGCCGAGAUGGUUCGAUACGCUGCCACCGAGAUCCAGCCCGCGAAGUCGGCCCGCGCCCGCGGUGCCUACCUCCGAGUGUCCUUCAAGAACACCCGCGAGACCGCCCAGGCCAUCAACGGCUGGAAGCUUCAGCGCGCUGUUACCUUCCUCGAGAACGUCAAGGAGCACAAGGAGGCCGUCCCCAUGCGACGAUACGCCGGCAGCACUGGCCGCACCGCCCAAGGCAAGCAGUUCGGUGUCUCCAAGGCUCGAUGGCCCACCAAGUCCGCCGAGUUCCUUCUCGGUCUCCUCAAGAACGCUGAGGCCAACGCUGAUGCCAAGGGUCUCGACACCGGUGCCCUCGUUGUCAAGCACAUCCAGGUCAACCAGGCCCCUAAGCAGCGACGAAGGACAUACCGUGCUCACGGUCGUAUCAACCCUUACAUGUCCAACCCCUGCCACAUCGAGCUCAUCCUGACCGAGGCUGAGGAGGUUGUCCAGAAGUCCGAUGCUGUUGCUGAGCGUGAGCACCUUAGCUCGCGCCAGCGUGGUGCCCGCCUCCGCAAGGCUAUCACCUCUGCUUAA